AGACACCGGCGAUUUCACGAGCUUCCUCCCCGGAUCUACAGGGCGCCACCUCCCACGGCAGUUUCACUUCUCAGUUUAGUCCAGUCUGAGUUAACUUCCUCACCCAGAUCUCCGGAACCGGCAGCUACGGAGGGAGCUAGCAGUGCCUAUGUGCCUGCUGCAUGACUCCAUGUCAGAUCUCCGAAGAUCCAGGAUGUGAGAGAGAAGACCACGUGACCUGUGGAGGCCAGUGGCAGCCAGCGCAUCGGAAAGAGGCUCAGACAAGGUGAAGUUCCAUCGCUGUGGGAAAGUUCUGGCUGCUUCAUCUCUGCCUCUAGAUCCAAUAUUAGAGAUUUUCAGGAAAAGCCAUGGCCUCAACCCCAAUCACCAAGAAGAUGAGGGAGGAAGCCACCUGUUCCAUCUGUCUGCAACUGAUAACUGAGCCAGUGAGCAUCAGCUGUGGACACAGCUACUGCCACUUGUGCAUAGUGAGCUUCUGUGAGAUGCAACCAUGGCUGGAGAUGUUCUCCUGUCCCCAGUGUCGGAUGCCAUUUAAAAUGGCGAGCCUCCGACCCAACAGGCAGCUGGGAAACCUCAUUGACGCCAUCAAGGAGAUGGACCAGGAAAUGUCAUGUGAGGAACAUGGAGAGAAGCUCCGUCUCUUCUGUGAAGACGAGGGCCAGCUCAUCUGCUGGCGCUGUGAUCGAGGAUUGCAGCACAAAGGGCACACCACAGCUCUGGUGGAAGAUGCAUGCCAAGGUUACAAGGAGAAGCUCCAGGAAGCUGUGACAAAAUUGAGGCAACUGGAAGAGGAAUGUAUGAACCUGAAGGUGUUCACGGCAAAGCAAAUAACCGAAUGGAAUGAGAAGAUAGAAGUUCAGAAACAAAAAAUCCAGUCUGACUUUAAGAAUCUCCAGAGCUUCCUUCAUGAGGAAGAGAAGUCUUACCUAUGGAAACUGGAGAAAGAAAAAGAGCAGACUCUGAGGAGACUGAGGGACAAUGAGGCCAAUCUUGAACAGAAGAGCCAUGAACUCGAGAGCUAUAUCCUGCAACUAGAGCAUAAAUGUCAGGGCUCAGCCCAAAAUCUGCUGCAGGAUGUGAAAGAUACUUUGAGCAGGAGUUGGGCUGUGAAGCUAGAACAACCAGAGGCCCCCUCUUUGGACCUUCACACUGUGUGCAAUGUUUCUGAGCUUUACUUUGAUGUGAAGAAAAUGUUAAGGAGCUAUCAAGUCAGCGUGACUCUGGAUCCAGAUACAGCUUAUUACGAACUAAUUCUGUCUGAGGAUCGGAGACAAGUGACUCGUGGAUGCCCCCAGGAGAAUCUUGAUACUUCUUCUAGGAGAUUUAGUGCCUUACCCUGUAUCCUGGGCUGUGAAGGCUUCACCUCAGGAAAACAUUACUUUGAAGUGGAUGUGGGAGAGGGAACUGGGUGGGAUUUAGGAGUCUGUAUGGAAACUGUGCAGAGGGACACUGUCAUGGUGCAGACGCCUCAGUCUGGAUUCUGGGCCAUCAGACUGUGCAAAAAGAAUGGCUAUGUAGCGCUUACCUCUCCCCUAACUUCCCUUCAGCUAAGGGAGCAGCCCCUGGUUGUGGGGAUAUUUCUGGACUUCGAGGCUGGAGUUGUAUCCUUUUACAACAUGACCACUGGUUCCCACAUCUUCACCUUCCCAAAGGCCUCCUUCUCUGACACUCUCCGGCCCUAUUUCCAGGUCUAUCAAUAUUCUCCUUUGUUCCUGCCUCCCCCAGAUGAGUAAGGGAAGGAGCAAAGUCUCCUCCUUGAUUUAACUAGCAUAGAGAGUAUAAUCUGAAUCCCACGAGGACAGAAAUGUCGUCUCUUUUCUUCGAAGCUAUUUCCUUGUACCUAAAACAGUGCUGGGUUUUUAGUGCAUACUUAAUAAAUCUGCAUUGAAUAAAUGACUAUAAUGACUGUAAAAAUACCCCAAGUGGUCAGGCUGAGCUGGGAAAAAGCAAGAUAAUAGCGAUGAUUAUGCUUUGUCCUCUCCAUCCCUCUUCAAUGGGUUCAGAGUUUCGAUUUCUAAGAGUUCUUGAGUGACCCAGGAGGGUGACUCAGAGACCAGGAGGUCUGACUUCUCCCAGUUUGUUUGGUGCCAUUUAAACUCAUAGAUGGGGGAUGAGGAAAAGCUGCAAUUGUCUCUGUCAACUGCAGACAGGAGCAUGAAAAUCAAAAAUGCAAUGACUCAUCUAACCACUGACAUGAUUAAUAAUCUGAGCCAUCAAUAAUCUGAUGUAGUAAGUGUGGACAGCUACCAGACCUGGUGAGAUCUGCUUGAGCAAUAACCACCCUCCCACCCCCAUCUCAGAAGCCAGUUGCAAGUCCAGGUUGUCACCUGUGCUUCUGACUGACUGGCUAUAAAUUGGAGGUUCCCAUGAUCCCCUCUUUGGGUUUGAUCAUUUGUUAGAAUACCUCACAGAACUCUGAGAAACACUUUGUUUACUGGUCUAUUAUGUAAUAAAAGAUAUGAUAAAGGAUACAAAUAAACAACCAAAUGAAAAGAUGCAUAGGAUGAGGUCCAGAAAGGUCCCUAGCACAGGAGUGUCUGUCCCCAUGGAGUUCGAGUACAUCACCCUCCCAGCAUGUGGAUGUGUUCACCAAUUCUGAAGAUCUCCAAACCCUGUGCUUUGAGGAUUUUUAUGGCGGCUUCAUCAUGUGGGCAUGAUCAACCAUCAAUUUAAUUUCCAGCCCCUCCUCCGUUCCCAAAGGCUAGGGAGUGAGGCUGAAAGUUCCAAGCAACUAAUCAUGGCCUGGUCCUUCUGGUGAUUAGUCCCCAUCCUGAUCUAUCCAAGAGCUCACCAAGAGUUGCCUCAUUAGAACAAGAGACAUUCCUAUCACCUAGGAAGUUCCAAGGGAUUUAGGAGCUCUGUACUAGGAACCAAGGGAAGAGGCCAAUGUGUGUGUGUGUGUGUAUUCAUAUAUAUGUG